UUGCUGUACUAUCAUCUUUGUUACAUUCAACAGCUGGGUGGAACUCCGGACAAAACUUGCUUCAGUGACGUUUUGCAAAGAGAUGGAAAUCGGACUGCUUUGAAAGAAGCCUCCCGUAGUAUCAAGAUUCACUUAUCACAAUUGUCAUGGAUUUUAAUGUUAAACGACUCGCUGCAGACGCGGGUACUUUUCUGAGCCGUGCUGUGCAAUUCACAGAAGAGAAGUUUGGCCAGGCUGAGAAGACAGAGUUGGAUGCCCAUUUGGAGAAUCUUUUGGUAAGAGCUGAGGCCACCAAGCAAUGGACAGAGAAGAUUAUGAAGCAGACGGAAGUCUUAUUACAGCCCAACCCAAAUGCCCGACUUGAGGAAUUUGUGUAUGAGAAAUUGGAAAAAAAGGUCCCGACGCGACUGAACAAUCAUGAACUGUUGGGCCAGUCUAUGAUUGACUCCGGAAAUGAAUUUGGUCCUGGCACUGCUUACGGAAAUGCUUUGACCAAAUGUGGCGAGACCCAGAAACAGAUUGGCGGCGCUGAGCGGGAGUUAAUUCAAAGUUCUGCCAUCAAUUUCCUGACCCCAUUCAGGAACUUUCUAGAGGGGGACUUCAAAACAAUCCUGAAAGAACGAAAGCUGCUGCAGGUCAAGCGCUUGGAUCUGGAUGCGGCCAAAACAAGACUCAAGAAAGCCCGCAUGGCUGAUGCUCGAGCUGUGGCAGAACAGGAGUUGAGAAUGACUCAGAGUGAAUUUGACCGUCAGGCUGAGAUCACCCGACUGCUGCUAGAAGGCGUCAGCAGCACCCAUGCACACCACCUACGCUGCUUGAAUGAUUUGGUGGAGGCUCAGACGAUAUACUACGCGCAAUGUUACCAGUAUAUGGUGGAUCUGCAAAAGCAGCUGGGAAGUUUCCCUUCAACCUUCUCCAAUAACAACCAGUCGUCAGUUACGGAAGGGGCCAGCAUCUCUGUGCCCACCAUACCGGUGUCGGCCUCCCUGCCCACCUCCUCCAGCCGCGGCGGCUCUACCGCGUCGGGCGGAUUCAGCGAAUUGCGCAGCUCCAGCGGCAGCCGCAAAGCCAGAGUCCUUUACGACUACGACGCGGCCAGCAGCAGUGAGCUUUCCCUGCUGGCUGAUGAGGUUAUCACAGUCAGCAGCGUGCCAGGCAUGGAUUCAGACUGGCUGAUGGGAGAGCGAGGCAGCCAGAACGGCAAAGUGCCAAUUACCUACCUGGAGCUACUUAACUGAGUCUUCGGAUAUGAGCUUAUGCUGCCAUGUCAAGUUACUUCCACAGUAUAUAUUAAAAGAAAAAAAAAAAAAGGUCCGGCACUCUUAGUCAGGAUACUUGAACUCAAAAGCUGGAAUCAAAUGCAUGCAAGUGAAAGGGGGGGGGGAAUGGAGCUGAUGUUUUAGUAUCCAACUGCCUUACAUUUCAAAAAAAGUUGCCUUUCUUCCAUGCCUUUGUUUUUUAUGUUAUCCAAACAGCAGUAUGUUCCAGAACAUCUCCCAAAGUGUUUUUUUUGUUUACAUAAUAUGAAUAUCUCAGAAAUGUGUACACAUCUCAGACUGUUGCCGCUAAGUACAUAUUUUGGAAUCUACUUCAGUCACAAGUGCUGGGUGAUGCUAGUUCAAGUCGUUAUGUCACGGUGGCAUUACGGAUAACCUAAAUCUGAAUAGGUUUAAUCAUAAUGAAUGUUGUACAUGUGUAUGAUGUCGUAGUGGGAAAGUUUAACAUCAUUUGUGAGCAAUUUUAAGUGCCAGAUGAAAUUAGUAGCAACUAAAUCCCAAAUUUAUUUAAAACAAAUUAUAAAAACUUUUAUUACGCCAUGUAUUUUGUCUUGCAUUAAUUGCAACACUGUUGAGAUGGACAAGUUCAAAUUUUUUUUUUUUAACAUAUUUAUUGCGAAUUGGAAAACUUAAUUGUCACAUCUCUGUAGGAAAUUAUCAACCCAAGGCUACUUUAUAAGUUUAAGUUAUUGCUGCAUGCAUUGUUGGCAAAUGACUCGAUUUUUUUCAUAUGACGCGCUGAAUAAUAUAUCUUUGAUAUCAUCUGAUCUGAUGUGUGGCAUGGCUAACACAUCAGGAUCCUACCCCAACCCGAAUUGCAUCUCAGUAUCAAAAUGGUGCCUUAAUUACUGUGUGAAAUCCAUGCUAUUUGCUUGAUAACAAUUGGAAAGUGGAAACAUUAAUAAAAGAUAAAAUACAAACUUG